ACGUCUCUUUGCAGUUUACGUUGACGCUUCAUUCCAUUUCCAUUUCCAUUUCCAUUUCGUCUCUAUCUCAUCUGCUUCAACCUUCAGACACCCGCCUCCGUAUUUGCUCUCUCCUCUUCAGAUUUCAGAUAAAAACAUUGCCUUUUUCAUCUAACUGAUCAAAAACCAACGGUCAAGUGAGAUGAGUUUUAAAAGAAAAGAGUACGAGUUCUUGAGUGAGAUCGGAUUGAGUUCUAGUAAUUUGGGGUGUUUUGUCAAUGGCACCUGGAAAGGAAAUGGCCCCGUGGUUUCUUCACUAAAUCCAGCCAACAACCAGAAAAUUGCUGAGGUUAGAGAGGCUUCCAUCCAGGAUUAUGAGGAAGGCAUGCAUGUUUGCCGUGACGCUGCCAAGAUUUGGAUGCAAGUUCCUGCCCCAAAAAGAGGUGAGAUUGUUCGACAAAUAGGUGAUGCACUGAGAGCUAAACUUCAGCAACUUGGCCGGCUUGUCUCACUUGAGAUGGGAAAAAUUCUUCCAGAAGGAAUUGGAGAAGUUCAAGAAAUUAUUGACAUGUGCGAUUUUGCUGUGGGGUUAAGCAGGCAACUUAAUGGAUCAGUAAUACCUUCAGAACGUCCAAAUCACAUGAUGCUUGAGAUGUGGAAUCCUCUAGGAAUAGUUGGCAUAAUUACAGCAUUUAACUUCCCUUGUGCUGUUCUUGGAUGGAAUGCUUGCCUUGCACUGGUCUGUGGCAACUGUGUCGUUUGGAAAGGGUCUCCAACCACUCCUUUGGUUACUGUAGCAAUGACAAAGCUUGUGGCUGGGGUUUUGGAGAAGAAUAAUUUACCAGGUGCAAUUUUCACUGCAUUUUGUGGUGGUGCUGAAAUUGGUGAAGCAAUAGCAAAAGAUACAUGCAUUCCUCUGGUUUCAUUCACUGGGAGUUCAAAGGUCGGAUUAAAGGUGCAACAAACCGUAAAUGAGAGAUUUGGUAAAUGUCUGCUUGAACUAAGUGGAAACAAUGCUAUAAUUGUCAUGGAUGAUGCCGACAUUCAACUAGCUGUUCGGUCUGUAUUAUUUGCUGCUGUUGGUACUGCAGGACAACGCUGUACUACAUGCCGCAGACUGCUUCUUCAUGAAAGUAUAUACCAAAAAGUACUUAAGCAGCUACUUGAUGUGUACAAACAAGUUAAAAUAGGGGAUCCAUUAGAAAAAGGUACCUUGCUCGGCCCAUUGCAUACUUCUCAAUCAAGGAGGAACUAUGAGAAAGGAAUAGAAACCAUCAAGCUUCAGGGAGGGAAGAUCCUUACAGGCGGUGCUGUAAUAGAGUCUGAGGGGAAUUUUGUGCAGCCUACAAUUGUUGAAAUUUCUCCAGAUGCAGAUGUUGUUAAAGAAGAGUUGUUUGCCCCUGUUCUUUAUGUUAUGAAAUUUCAGACCUUGAAAGAAGCAAUUGAAAUAAACAACUCUGUAUCUCAAGGACUUAGCAGUUCCAUUUUUACACGGAAUCCUCCAGUCAUUUUCAAGUGGAUUGGGCCACAGGGAAGUGACUGCGGUAUUGUAAACGUUAACAUACCAACAAAUGGUGCUGAAAUUGGCGGUGCUUUUGGUGGUGAAAAGGCUACAGGAGGUGGCCGUGAAGCCGGUAGUGACUCUUGGAAACAGUACAUGCGACGCUCAACUUGCACAAUCAAUUAUGGAAACGAGUUACCACUGGCACAAGGAAUCAACUUUUGCUAAGGGUGCCUUGUUGGAAAGUAAUGUUAUCUUCUAUCACAUGGCCUACUUGAAAUCUUCCCCAUUGGCGUUUCGUUCUACUUGUAUCAAUAUUUUAUUUCUAUUUGCAAAUUAGAUCUUUUCUUGCAUCCUCUGUAAAAAUAACAUUGCUGGCCUUGUUAGCUCUUAUGCUUUCAGCUGGAGUGUGUUUUUGAUCAACCUGAAGUCACCUAAAACAAGGAUAACUGAAGAUAGAAUAAAGAAGAUUCGCAUCU